AUUCAUCAUCAUCAGAAUGUUAAAUCCGAAACCAAACAGAGAGGUGAAAAGAGGGCGAGAUGCUGGCAAGCACACCGUCUGCUUGUAUAAACUUUGUAAUCGUUGUAUUUGGGUCAGUCGCAAAAAUUUGAUCUUUAUAAAAACUUUUCAUUUACUUUUUUAAGACUUUUAACGAUACGAAUCUCUUUUGAGGGUCCCUCCCUCCCUUGAUGAUCCUUCCUUGUUCACUCUUCCCCUGAACCUCAACAAUCUCUCACUUCCCUCUCGCUCCCUCCUUUAACCGCCAUUGAAGUCUCGUUCCAAAGCUCCGAUCUUUCGAUUCUCCUGGGUGACUUCUUCUGUUGGUUUUUACUUCGCCGGUGAUCAGUCUCACAAAGCGCGUUGGAGCUACUGAAUAACUCUUAAGAAGAGCUCUGCGAUCUUGUUUCCAGUGAUGCAAGGAUGAGAAAAGAUCUUGGGAGACAGGAUAUUGAGGAGAUUCCAUCUUCUGUUUCUUCUUCGAGAAUGGAGGAGCUAAAGCGGAGUCAUCAGUGGUUGGUAGAUGAGUCCGGGUCAGAACUAUUCAGUAGUAGCAAGAGGCAGGCGGUAGAGAUUGAUGCUUCUUCUUGCCAGGGUUUCUUAACUCCUCAUAUGGGUUUAUCUGCGUGGGACCAUUCUCUUGUGCCUCGACAGUUGGCUGAUUGCUUAUUUGAUCCUACUGCCAGUGAUCAGCAGCAUACAUCAGAUCUCCUUGACAGAUAUAUUUCUCCUUUAGACGGUCAAUAUAUUGAGGAGCAACGCAGUACUACUACUACUGUUUCAUCAAUUGGUUUUCCGGUGGUUCAUGGUAGCUCAUUUGCUCUUGACGCCGCCAUUAGAAAGGUUAGAGUCAAUGAAGUGUGUGAAUCUGGAUACAUACCAGAAUCCAUGGUUCAGUUUUAUGGUGAAGGAAUUUCAAGAUGCCCUUCAUAUGAUAGCGGUCAAGAUCGCCAAACCUACAGUAACAUUGACAGUAGCUUCAUCUUUCCUGGGCCAUUCACCAACAAGGCGGAUGGAAACUUCAGUUAUUAUGACAAAGGAGAUGAAAAUGUCUUCUCAACAUUUCAACCAUUUGAGGAAGGAGUAGAAAACUUCGCAUUGAUGGGUCAGUCUCUUCAAAAGGCUGAUUGUAAUCUCUUCUCAAUGAGUCCCUCCUGUAACAAGGGACAUGAUAACUUGAUGUCUCUUCUACCUUGUGAUAAAGUGCCUGAAGACCUUCUUCUGAUCCAAUCAUCCUACCACAAAGAUAAUGCUAAUGUGCCGUUGUCAGGGGGACAUUUCCCACACACGGAAGGCAGUGAGAUGGCAUUUAUGGUUUCUAGCCAAGACAGAGCAGGCCAGAACAAUGACCGAGUUAGUCGCGAGGAUAGAAGCAAGACCAUGUCUUUUGUAGAUUAUCAGAGAGAAACCACAAUGGGUUCGCCACUUCGUGUUAUCAACAGUUAUGAGAACUUCUGCCAUCCCCCUGCAACUGCUAAACUUCCGCUUCAUAUGGAGGCAGAGGAAAACAUGUCAUUCGAAUUUAGAAGUCCACCCUAUGCUUGUUCUGGAGUUGAUAACUUGCUCGUGCCCACAAUUAAAGACUCAAAGACAGCUAAGAAGGGUUCCACAAACACAUUUCCUUCAAAUGUUAAGUCCUUGUUGUCAACUGGAAUGCUUGAUGGGGUUAGUGUCAAGUACUACUCGUGGUCACGUGAGAAAAAUCUCAAAGGAAUUAUAAAAGGGACUGGGUACCUAUGUGGUUGUGGCGACUGUAACCUUAAUAAAGUUCUGAACGCUUAUGAAUUCGAGCAGCAUGCUAAUUGCAAGACAAAACAUCCAAAUAACCACAUAUACUUUGAGAAUGGAAAGACCAUUUAUGGCGUUGUUCAAGAGCUGAAGAAUACACCUCAGGAGAAGUUGUUCGAUGCUAUUCAAAAUGUAACAGGAUCUGUUAUCAACCAUAAAAAUUUCACUGCUAUGGAAUUUGACUAUAUAAAGCCUUAA